AAAACCCUAACUAUAAAAGUAAAACAUCAUCUUCCAUUGGAGCUCCAGCUCGUCCAAGGUUCCUAAACUUCCCUUGCAGAGUUCAGCUUUAACCCCUCACCAUGUCGAGAAGGAAGACCAGAGAGCCUAAAGAGGAAACUGUCACCCUUGGCCCUGCUGUUCGUGAAGGAGAGCAUGUCUUUGGCGUCGCCCACAUUUUUGCUUCGUUUAAUGAUACAUUUAUUCAUGUGACUGACCUGUCUGGUCGUGAAACGCUUGUUCGCAUUACUGGUGGCAUGAAGGUGAAAGCUGACAGAGAUGAAUCAUCUCCUUACGCUGCCAUGCUUGCUGCACAAGACGUUUCUCAGCGAUGCAAGGAACUCGGUAUUACUGCUUUACAUAUAAAGCUCCGUGCUACCGGUGGAAACAAAACCAAAACUCCUGGGCCUGGUGCUCAAUCGGCUCUUAGGGCCCUUGCUCGUUCAGGCAUGAGAAUUGGUCGUAUAGAGGAUGUAACUCCGAUCCCUACGGACAGUACACGAAGAAAGGGUGGCAGGAGAGGAAGAAGGUUGUGAUUCCUAGCCUCCUUUCGAAUUAUGGAGCUCUUACUGCCGCUUCAGUUGCUGUUGAAUGCUAUAGUUUUGGAGGAAAGGUAGCUUUUUCUUGUGUGCUAAAUUUAGUCUUGAUGUUCAAGAUUAUUGGUUUUAUCAACAUUUUUGGCAUUUUGAUUCAUGCAAUCCAAGACGAUUGAUUAUAGUACAACUUUUUGGCUGCUGUUUAGUACUUUCUUUAUAUGAAUAUGACUUAUUUCGCAGAAUUGAACUACAAUACGUUAUUCACCGUCCAA